UAUAUUUUAAAUUAAGUUUUAACAAUUUUAAGAUAAUAUAAUUUAAUUUUUAAUGAAAUUAACACACACACACACACACACACAUACACACACACAUACAUACAUACAUACAUAUAUAUAUAUAUAUAUAAACAUUCCUAUAAUUGUUCCUUUGCAAAAACAGAUUAACAAUUAUAUUUUUUCAUUGUGCAUUCCAAUUAAUCUCAAUCAAACUGCAGUUGGGUUAUUGUAAUGUAAAGUAAAAUGAACUAAAUAAAUUACAAAUACAACUAACACAAUAAAACAUGAUAACAUAACAAAAACAUGAUUUUUGACAAGUAAAUAGCUCCCUCCUCUGGUCAAAAAAAAAAAAGACUAGCGCAAAUACUUGGUGUGGUUGAUCACAGUUUCCACCAAUAAAAAGAAGGAUCGUCACCGUCAAUGGCAAAUCUGAGCCAAUGGGAGUCGUUAGAGGCGACGAAUGGGUGGGACUUCAGCCAUUUGCGGCCGCAAACGUUGUUGUUGGAAGAGAAGUCGAUUCAAGAAGCCAUUACGCUGCGCAAUUGUGUCGGGACAAAAACUUACUAUUUUUACGUAUUCUACGCAAUUUUAUAUUACCCCCCCCCGGUCCAAUUAAAUAGAUUAUGGCAUCUCAGGCCAAAAAGAGAAAAACGAAUUUCUCCGAAAGGGAGGUGGAGAUCAUCGUGGAGGAGAUGGAGAAGCAAAAACACAUUUUGGUGAAUCAUUUUAACGCGGGCGUCACGCACAUCGCUAAGAACAGCGCGUGGAUGGAGAUCCUGAAGCGCGUAAACGCCGUCAGCACCUGUCAGCGCGAGCUCGCGGAGGUCAAGAAGAAAUGGUCGGAUCUCAAGACGGAGGUACGGCGCAAAGUGGCCCAGGCUCGGGCGGCCAUGGAGGGCACGGGCGACUGCACCACCGUGCCUGUCAUCCUGACCUCCAUGCAGCAGCGCAUCUGCAAUCUGCUGGGAGAAGCGACCAUCAUCAGCCUUCCGGCGGCGGAGGCGGGCGCGGAGAUCGCGGUGCCCAUCAGCUCCGCAGCCACCGUCACGUUAACGCAAAGCAUUCAGCCAGCGGCCGCAGCAGCGUGUGAGAUAAAAACUCUUGAAGCCGAGACGACGUACCACACGCUGGAGGAAGGCAUGGUGGAGUACUGCACCACCGAGACGCCGGUGACCGUCACCGCAGAGGCUCCGGUGGAGAUGCUGGCGGCGCAGGCCGAAUGCUCGGCCAAACCGCAGGAACUGAAGAGCCGCAUCGCGCUCAACUCCGCCAAACUGCUGCAGGAGCACCGCGUCACCAACCUGCACGUGCGCGAGAUCGCCCAGCACCUGGAGAACCAGAACGACCUGCUCCAGAUGAUCCGCCGCUCGCAGGAGGCCCAGGCCUGCGCUCAGGAGAGACAAGCCCAGGCUCUGGAGGGGACGCAGGCCGCCCUGCUCGCCCUCAUUCAGAUGUUCAGACCCGCACUGAAGGACUUGAGGAAGUUUCUACAGAACGCCAACAGCGCAAACGCAGCGGCUGCCGCGGAGACUGGAGAAGGAGUGGAAAACGUGCCGCCGCAGACAGAAGAUGCACAAUAGAGACAAAUAUGAAUGUGUGUGUGUGAUGGUCUGGUCUAGAUUAGACUGUAAAUUAUUGUACAGCACGGUGCCUCAAAGACUUUGUGCUUAUAUGUGUGAGUGUUUCAGGGAGAGAAUAAAAUGAGGACUUUUAUGAGCAUUUUAAACAGGUGGCCAAAAUAUAAAAGUUUUACUUUAAAAAAGACCUUUUGCUACUGUAAAGUCUUUUCAGUUUAACUUUUUAUUUUUACAUUUGGUUGCUUAAAUAUCAACACAUUUAAUUUAUUUUUUUGGUGUGUAAUUGACCCUAAAAUGAACAUGCAAAAUUCAAAUCAAGGUCAGAGACCUACAGAAAACACAGUUUCGUGAGGAAAAGCCAGUGGUUUCAGUGACGGAAGACUUUGUGGAGGCUUUUGUUUCUUUAGCUUUUGAGAAUUUGCAAUUUUUAUUUAAGUACGCUGAAUAAAGAAACU